UGUCCAUCGAGAUACAAUCUUGCCAAAAUAUUUCCUCUCGAACUUAAUGCAGUUAUCAAGGAUUUCAAGUAUGCCGAGACUCAUGAAUGGGUGAAAGUUGAUGGCAGUUCUGCUACGGUUGGCAUAACCGAUCAUGCUCAAGAUCACUUGGGCGAUGUUGUGUAUGUUGAACUGCCUGAAGUGGGAGCUGCCGUGACACAAGGUGGAAGUUUUGGUGCUGUCGAAAGCGUUAAAGCAACUAGUGACAUCAACUCCCCUAUUUCAGGGAAGGUGGUUGAAGUUAAUGAAGAGCUUAAUAAUUCUCCUGGUUUGGUUAAUGCAAGCCCAUAUGAAAAUGGAUGGAUCAUAAAGGUGGAGAUCGAGAAUUUGGACGAGGUAAAAUCCUUGAUGGACUCUAACCAGUACUCAAAAUUCUGUGAAGAAGAAGAUGCUAAUCACUGAAGGAGAAGGCUCACAAUUCCAAUGAAGAUACACUUCUUUGGAGGAUUUUUCUUCUAGUUGGCAAUGACGAUGGACAGUGCAUAAUUAUGUUAUUUUUCUCUUUUUCCUUAUCCUCGGCAGCACGUUUCUUUCCUUUUUUAAGUUCUUGUUGAAUGCGAAUUGAAUUAAGAAUAAAUUUUCUUAAGUUGAAAAGCACCUGAGUAUUUAGUAUUUUUGCAAGAUCCUGAAAUUGAAAUUGCAAUAUUUUAACAAUCUUUCAA